AUGACAUAUGAUUGCCGGAUAGCUUACAGCGGACUUCGAAAACCUACUUACCCUUCCAAUUCGAUAUGGAUAUCGGAUGCCUUGCUUGCCGGGACGAUACAGCGCUUCACCUAUCUACACCUUCGUCAUGGCAGUGCCGUGCCCGGGCCCCUUGAGGCGAGGAGAAGAGCUACACGGCGAAAGAAUGCAUCCCUCACAGCUACGGGACGUGGAGGUGCCCCGACUGAGGUUGGAGCUCUGUUCGGGCCUGGCAAAAAAGUGGACUGGUGGAAUGCCCCUAAUCCCUCUGAACUGCAAGCAGAGGUAACCGAGGCAACCUCAAUAUUGCCUUCCUGGCUCACGCGGAGAAAACCCGCCCCACACAGCAGUGUCACCUUCCGCGAGCAAUUGGCGCAUGAGGAUUUCCGGACGCCGAAGAUACCGGCUACGCAACCAUCGGCUGCCAUUUUACAUGACUCGCUUUCUGAGUGUCAAUCCUUACAACAGAUCAGGGAGCUGGUCCAGCGUUCAGAGAUCAACCUCCUGCAGACGCCCGGCCACAGCCGCGACAUACUGAAAUAUUUGCUAACAUCAGGUCUGGCAAUCAGUGAGCUUCAAGACUUCUUUCUUGACAGAACACUUCAUCCUCUGGGUAGUGGUUGUUUCGAGGAAUUUUGUGAUUGGCUUGUUUCUAAACCACAUACAGAAGCACACCUUGACCACUAUUAUGUCUGUGUCCAGAAAUGCUUGCAUGUUGGACUCUUAUCAGCUCGGGAAAUCCAGUCGCUACUCACCAAGCUGGCAAGCGCCAAAGUUGUGUCGCAAGGAACCAUCGAGAAACUCGGCGAUGUUGCAGCCAUACAAACGUGGUAUUGGAUGAUGGCAGAUACACUAAGUAGCUGUCCCAUAUUCGGUCUGAAUGAUCUUGGGGAAAAAUGCUUGCAGCAAUGGUCUUUUGGCGUAGCAGAAGCCCCGUUUGCUCCCUGCGCGCUGGACACUUUUUGCAAAGUACAACGAUACCUUGCCACAUCCGAUCGCUUUGGCUUCAAGGUCAAUACAGUACGAGGACUUGUGAGAAAAUGGAUCGAUUAUACGCAGGCGCCCCAUCAACAGCGCCUACCAAGCAUGGAUCGAAGCCAGCAGGAAACAAAGGUUGCUAAUCUCUUGGUGACCGUGCAGCCAUCUGUUGCAGCCAAAAGCAUAUGUCAGAUCACGGAAAAGCUGGUGAGAGAUGUUCUGAAGGGAAUUCGACAACCAAUCGCGCUUGAUAUCUGGAUGCAAACUUUGUUACGGUUUCCAAGAUCGUUGGCCAGCGUAGUCCUUCAGCAACGGUCAUGGAGACAGGGUCUUGCCGAGGACUCAGUAACUGGGCUCUCAUCCCGUCAAGCCAUUGCUGUCAGGCUUUGGACGGUCACACGCUUGGCCACGCAGCAGCAGGAGCCUGGCCACAAGCAUGAACCAGGAAAUACGACACAGUCUCUCAUACGGCUUUUUCAAAGACAACUCAAGCCGGAUCAGAAUCUCUUGGCAGAGCUGCUAUUCACUCUCCAAUCCCUACCACUCCCAUCUCCAUCCGCUGUCCUUCAGGUGGCCGUGGCUCGUGACACUGAAGGUUUGCAAGUCCGUGGAUCGAUAGACAAACUCCAGGCCGAUAUGAUAAGAAUCUGCCAAUCACGCAUUUCCGUGUUCGAGGAAGAUGUCUUAUACAAGAACGCCAAGAUCAACCUCCGUUCCUAUCUGAGGCAGCUUGCCGAACGGGUGAACACGAACCCAGAAGCUUUCCUUCGACUGGCCCAUGAUUUGAUCAUGAAAGACAAGCUAUCGAUCAAAGUUAUUACGCGUAUUCUCGAGCACAAUUUGCCUCUCGGCCUAUCACUAGCAGCCCCCACACAAACACCCUCCAACGGUUCCGAAACCACAACACCACUACUCACCCCCAUCACUCCACCACCCCUCGCCCCAGCCGUCGCAAUCCAUCUCGUCAACUCGCUCGCGCGCGUCUUCGCCCUCUCCCCUGUCCUGUCCCCACGCCAGUCCUUUCGUAAAGUCUACUGGCUUUACCUCUACCUCCACCGCUUCACCUGGGGCAUUGGCAUCGGUCGGGACUUCACCCGCGCCCUGUGGCAUGCCGGCGUGACUCGAUACAAGGAGACUGGCACGAGUCCUGAAAAAGUGGGCUGGAUACUAAGUAAGGUGAGGGAGGUUGAGGGUCAAGAAGUUGCGGAUCGACUGCUCUGGUUUGGGAGUGGUGGAGUGGAGGGCUGGGAGGAAUGGAUGGUUGACAGCUGCGGGGGCGUGGAUCGCGAGGGCUGGAAGAGGAUUUUCAACACCAGGAUCAGUGGGACCGGGACCAGGACGGAUGGGCAGAGAUGUCGGGAAGAAGGAGAGUUGUGA